AGGUAAAUUCUUCCCUCUCUCUCUCGGGGAGAUUUCCGGUCUGUCGGUGCAAGGGACUGCCUAGGCACUGCUAGUUGUACCGAUCAGAAUGGUUGUAGAGAGCGUGCAUUUGGAGGCUGAUGCCUAUAUGGUGUGUUUAACACAUGCACUAUCUACGGAAAGAGAGGAGGUGAUGGGGCUACUCAUAGGAGAGGUGGAUGAAAAUAGAGUUCUACACAUCUUCUCUGUGAUCAUGUUAAGAAGAUCGGACAAACAGCCAGACAGAGUGGAGAUCUCUCCUGAACAACUCUCUGAUGCCUCGAGCAAGGCUGAGAGACUAGCCCAGCAGUAUAACAGACCUUUGAGAGUCCUAGGCUGGUAUCACUCUCACCCCCACAUCACAGUCUGGCCAUCACAUGUUGAUGUAAGGACUCAGGCCAUGUAUCAGAUGAUGGAUGAAGGAUUCAUUGGGCUUAUCUUCUCUGUUUUCAAUGAAGACAAAUCUACAAAGAGUUACAGACACCAGUUGACCUGUUUCCAGUCCAUCAAUCAAGCAAUGGAUGGCUACCCACCACAGUACGCUCGAGUCGAAGUCCCUCUCCACAUUGUCCCCAGCUCAGGAUUAGGAAAAGCAUGUUUGGAAUCUCUGAUUGAACUUCCCAAGAUCCUCUGUCAGGAGGAAGAGGAAGAGUAUAAGAAGGCGACGGCCGACCCUGAACUAGAUCUGAUCACCAAACUCCAGAACUCCUCAGUGUUUACAAAAUCUUUGUGCCAUAUCAUGGAAGUCAUGCACGGACCAUUAAUACAAUCCCUAGAGAGUCGUUUGGAACAGAACAAUGCAAAGAUCGCAGAAUUAGAAAAAAGGCAAGCAGAAAUUCAAAAACUCAUCGACAGGAAUUAGUUGUCGUUGUUUUUAUACAAAUGUUGUUUAUUAGUUGUUUGUUGGUUAUAAAUGUAAGAUAUUAUAUGCCUGUCUUUCUUGUAAAUAAAAUGUCCUUUCUAAAAAAAAAA